AUGGGCAUGGGCAUGGGCAUGGGCAUGGAUGGGCACGAGCAUGGACAUGGACAUGAACCCGGCGGCCCAGGAUCCAGGCAGGACACCCAUAACAUCCCGUACGCCAUGGAACACAGUCCCCUUCCCCGGGGACCCGCGGUGGAAAAAGCUAGACCGACCGACCAGCAUCUCCGUACUGCAAGUACGGAGCGCCUCUCGAGUCUCCGCACGCUCGAGGGAAAGUCCACUGUCUGUCCCACGGCUAUCGUAUCGUAUCCAUUCGCUUCUAUCAAACGACUCGCUUCGAGAGCCGGUUGGGAAUCAAGAGAGCGGCGACAAAGGUCUGGGACCUGGCCAGUCGCCAGCUUGGGAUUACAGCAUUUCUUAGACAACCCCCAUCCAUCCAUCCGUUCAUCCAUCCCCUGUGACGGAUCGAGCAUACGGAACGCACCUCUUCCAUGCAGUCAACCGCCCCCCACCAACCAACCGUCGUCGACAUCGAUGUUGCUCACCAUCAAACCACCAGCGCAUUACGGCUACAAGUCUUUUCGUGAUUAUACUCCGCCUACCCCACCAUCGACAUCUCGUUUCUCACCGACCGUAGCCUCGACCGUAGCGUCGUUUCCUCCCAUCUUGGCCAACGUUCAGUCUCUACCUCCUCUCACAGCCACCAAGGCAUUAGAUUCAAUGUCGGCGAGACCACAUCUUCCUCCCCUGCAACAGAACCCGUCACAAGCACCGCCAGUCCCACUGACCCAGCCCAUGGGACAGUUGCCGGCGCCUCCACAGCAGUGGCAAGGUGCAGAGGAAUCGAUGAGAAACUGGCUGCACGCUAAGGCGGAGGAGGACAAGCGCAAGCAAGAAGAAGAGAAGACCCGGCAAGAAUCAUUGCGACUGGAACAGCGAAAGAUCGAGCAAGAUAUGCUAAGGACGUCUCUGGCGGGGGGGAUUCCCCCACACAUGAUCCCGAUGGUUUUUGCGGGAAUGGGAGGUGGCAACCUUCCAAAUGCCAGUUUGGAAUGGGCUCAGCAUUACAUGUCGCAGGCCCCCCAUCCCCAGCAACAGCAACAACCACAACAACUGCUUCCUGCCCAGCCACAGGCUUCGCCGGAGCCGCUCCAGCGGAGAGAGUCACGCUUAGCCUCUCAGCCCUACCCUGGUCAACAACACCCGGCACCGAUGACUCUGCCUUCAACGCCCAUAGGUCCUUCUAGUGCACAACCAACCGCCGGCUUCCUCCCCAGCUAUCAGAUGUCACCAGCCACUCGGGCUCGGUCAGGUUCUCAGGGGCAAGCGGCUGCGACUCGACCACCACCUAAAACGUCUCAGUUGCCGAAAAUCAACACGGGGGAGGCUCCCUCCCACCACCCGCCCGCGGCAAGCCAUCAUCCCCUUCAGCAAACCCAGUCCGUUCAGGAGCAACAGUCGUCCCCAUCGAUAUAUUUCCACCACUGGCAGCCCCCGACCACGCAGGCAGCUACCACGAGCAAUGCACAUCAGCCGUCCACUCCGUCAGGCAAGCAUAAUACCACGUCCCCCAAAAAACGCAAGGCCACCGGACCACAACAAGCCGCACCGGCACCUACCUCGGAAUCGCGACACGCAUCGCCUCCUUCUUCGCAGACCGGCUCUUUCGUCUCGAAUCCGCCCUCUAGCCGACGUCGCGGCCAUUCACGUGACCUCCCCGCGCGAGGGAUGGACUCGUUUGGACGACCCCUGAGCCGCCAUCGCCAUGACGGUUUCACAAGUCAAGGCCUCACUUCGCCCAUACAUUCUUACGCACCUGAACAGCAAACCAACGCUUCCGCCGCGCCUGCCGAGUCUCAGCGACAGGUUAGGGGCCCCCAGCACGUCUCAGGUGACUCGCAGGCACAGCAGAUGCAACCUCAUCAACAUACGCAUCAGAUACAGAGGGACCCUCCGUAUUCGGCGGGCCCGGAGAUGAGGCAUGAUAUCCGACGCGGAAGCUCUGAAGAGGGAAUUUCCAGGCGGGCUAGCGUUAUCAAAGAAACGAGAUGA